AAGCAGAAAAAAAACCCUCGCCGGUCACGCGGACGGGUGGGCUUCUACCCACCGGUAGAAUGUUGAAGUUCUGCCGAGAGCUUUGGAGCUGAUACGGAUGCAACGCUGGAGGGGGGACCGUGCGUACGGAGGAGGCGAUGAGACAGACAACGAGGAGAAGAAGAAGGAGUCCCAGCCCAUGGAAGAGGACAGGGUGGUGCUGGAAGGACCCAGAGAGGAGCCCCAGAACCCCAAGGUGGACAUGGACCAUGACGGUCAACAUCAGCCAGAUGAUAAGCAAGGUAGCCCCGUACCAAGAAGACCCCGAAAAUGCUCUUUCAAAGGGACGUAUGCUGAAGACCUUCAAGAAGAUGCAACCCAACCAAGGAGUAGCUCCAGAGGGAAGGUGUACAAGUGUGUGGACUGCAAGAAGAUCUUCACCUGGGGGAGCAGCCUGACCCGGCACCGACGGAUCCACACGGGAGAGAAGCCCUUCAAGUGCCUGGAUUGCGGGAAGAGCUUCACGCAGAGCGUGGUCCUCCUGCGUCACUGGAGGACACACACCAAGGAGAAGCCCUUUCUCUGCACCACGUGCGGGAAACGCUUCUCCUGGCGCUCGGACCUCAUCACCCACCAACGCAUCCACACCGGAGAGAGACCGUACGCCUGCUCGCACUGCGAGAAGACCUUCCGGAAGAGAUCUCACCUCAUGAGGCAUCAGCAAGUCCUCCAUGAUGGCACCGAGAGCGCCCAGAUGGAGCCAGGACAACCACCCCGAGCGCUGGAAGAGAAGUCGGAGACCAAGAAGGAGCAGACACCGACGAGACAGAGGGGUGGCGCGAAGGACACCCGCGCGGCCACGAGCAAGCCGGCGGCCCGUGCCAAGCAGAAGACCCAUAAAUGCCCAGAGUGCGGGAAGACCUUCUGCUGGAGAAACAGCCUGAGACGCCACCAAAGAAAUCACACGGGAGAACGACCCUACAAGUGCCCAGAUUGUGGGAAGACCUUCAACGACUUCUCCAACCUCGUCUCCCACCAUAGGAUCCAUAAGGGAGAGAGACCGUACGAGUGCCCCGAGUGCGGGGAGUGCUUCACCCAGAACUCGAGCCUUUCCAGGCAUCGGAGGACCCACACUGGAGAAAAACCUUUUUCCUGCUCGGAUUGCGGGAAGUCCUUUACUCAGAAGCAAAAACUCAUCUUGCACCAGCGGAUCCACACCGGGGAGAUGCCGUACAGCUGCCAGCAAUGCCGGAAAACCUUUCGGAGCAGAUCCCACCUCGCCACGCACCAGCAGAUCCACGCGCAGGAGAGCUCCCACGCGUGCCUGAUCUGCGGGAAGUCAUUCAGCGUGAGCACCGAGUGUCUUCUCCAUCAGAGGACCCACUUGGAGGAGGUGCCGGUGGGCCAGGGAGCUUCUCCAGGGGGUGACGUGCCACGAAAUUAGGGGGUUGUGGCCUCCCUAGGUAAGGACUUCCACCCCUUUGGUCUCAUCCCAUGAGCCUGGUGGUCUCGGAGGGGGAAAUUCAGAGAUGUCGGGGGGACGCUAAUGCCCCACCAAGGGUUUUUUUUGGGGGGGAUGAGGGGUUGUGUGAGCCCCUCUCUGAUUUAAAUGUGAGUGCCUGCACAUAGAUGUAAAGAAGGAGGAGAUUUACCAGCAGGUGCCUCGGGCACAUGGACAACGUGGCUCUUCCUUCACCCCAGCACGUGGGACCAUCACAUCCAAGAGCCCCAGGAUCUCUGUGGGGACUUGUGGGUCCGGGGAAAGGAGAUGUUUAAGAAUCGCUGCCUUCCUGGCAAAACCAGGGUGCUCCCAGGAGUCCAAAGGGAUUGUAAAGUCUCGUUAGCCAGCGGGGUCGUUAUCAAGACCCAAGGGUGGACAAACUGAUGGACGGUGUUGGUAUGGCGUUUUGGCGGGAUGCCGGUUGGCAUCUCAGGUCUUGUUUCACAAGCUGUGGCCGUCGCGUUGUAUUUGAUUCAGUUUGCUCUUACUGUGUUUAUCUCUCCCUGUUCAUCACUUGCUUCGUUAAAAGCGCGUGCCGUUAAUUAUUACCUGAUUACAAACCGUCAGGAAAAACUUCAAUGAUGGUGCUCACCAAGGCUGAGGCUUUCGUGCUUCCCGGUGGGAUACGGGGACACCGGACCACGAUGGCGGAGGGAUGAGCCGCUCUCACCGACGGCUCGGGGACUAUUUUACCCCGAGGAAGGAGAUGCUGCCGAUGGGGGAAGCUUUGGCAAAAAAACCUUGGGAGGUUCGGAGGAAGCAAAAAUCCAGCCAGGGCCCUGCAAUAAAAAUCGAGCGUACGGGAUGCUCCCGUCAUUAUGUACGUGCACACGUACGUACGCAUGCACACACACA